UGUAGAACAAUGUAAAGGCAUAUAAUUUGCGUGCAUUCGAAAAAAGUUUUACGUACAUAACGGAAUCUUAAUUUAAUUUUUAACGCUUGAGAAGGCAUCGUAGCAGUAAAUUGUAGACAAGUUAAAUAAUAACUGAAACAUAUUUUGUUGUAGCAUACUUUUCGGGUGCGAAUAACUCCAUUAAUACAAAAGUUGUUCAGAGAACAAAGAAACAACAAACGAAACAAAAACAAAAAAACGGCGAAAAGCAGCAGCAACAACAAACAACGAAGUAACGCCGGAGUACGCAAGAACAACUAGCUCGCGCAACAAAGCGUUUGCGCUGGGCAGGAAGUGACGCGAGAUCAGCGGUGUAUAAAAUACCAAGAUUAAGUGUUUCGCUAUAACGGAAGCACGCAAAGGCUGAUUUUCGACGCUGAUUAGAGGCAAGAAAAAAGUGAUUGCCGGGGCAAAGGAGCAUUUGGCAUUCCCGUAAGUUAGCGGAGUACAUAAAAAAGAAGGAACAGCAAUUGGGGAGAAUCGACCGAGAAUAAUAACGACGCCGCUGACGUCUGUUUGUUGCAAGUGUAGACAGGCAACAUUCGAAAAACAAAAAUCGCAAAAACAAAUACAAAACUGCAGAUUCCACAGCACAUCCCGGCUGGGAAAAGUACAGUAAAUUAACUUGGCGCGUGUAAAAAGUUAAGGCAACUUGGUGCAACAAGAACAAAUAUAAAAGUGUGAAAAAAAAAACAGAAAAAUAAAAAAGUGAACAAAAGCAUUUGUGUGUGUCAGUGUGUAAAGUGAAACCACACAGAAAUACACGCCAAGCGAAUUCCAACUUAAUUUUGGCGAAAAUUUGUUUGCUUUUAGUGUGCUAAAAUAAGAGCAGCGCAUUAAAGACAGUAUAAAUAGAGACUCGCGCUUCGCCCCUGCAACAUGUCAACGCCUUUAGCGUCACUUUCAAUGAUGUGGCACGAACAGCACCAAUACCAUCAGCAACCGCAGCGCAACAUGCGGCGUCCGCGCUCACCUUUGGCGCGUUACUGGCCGUUGGCCAUCAUUCUGUUGUUGCAAUUGUUGCUCGCCACCGAUAAAGUGGACGCCAUCGAUUUGAGUCGCCUCUACGGACAUAUGGCCAACAAUAUACAGAAGCGAAGCGAUGCCUGUCAUCCAUACGAGCCGUUCAAGUGUCCCGGUGAUGGUAAUUGCAUUUCGAUUCAAUAUUUAUGCGAUGGUGCGCCCGAUUGCUCCGACGGCUACGACGAGGAUAUGCGACUCUGUACGGCAGCUAAACGCCCACCUGUUGAGGAGACCGCCUCUUUCCUGCAAAGUCUAAUCGCCUCGCAUGGUCCCAAUUACUUGGAGAAGCUGUUCGGCAGCAAGGCUCGCGACGCACUCGCUCCUUUGGGUGGCGUGGAGAAGGUUGCCAUAGCCCUGAGCGAAUCACAGACGAUUGAAGAUUUUGGCGCCGCAUUGCAUUUGAUGAGAUCUGACUUGGAGCAUUUACGAUCCGUUUUUAUGGCUGUUGAAAAUGGCGAUCUCGGCAUGUUGAAGUCGCUCGGCAUCAAAGACUCCGAACUGGGUGAUGUGAAGUUCUUUUUGGAGAAAUUAGUCAACACUGGCUUCUUAGACUGAGUGGCGCCAGAUCCCGCUUCUGGAUUUUAUUAUGCACACGCACAACCCAUUAACCCCAACUUUUACUCGUACUUGGGCACACCCUAUGACAACUACAACUACUAAAUGCGUAUACGUAUUCAGUUGGUGUAGAUGAAAUGGGGAGACGCUUUAUUUACGAAUAAAAGACACACAUACACAAAAGCAGACAUACACACCAACAACAACAAAUACAAACGCAGGUACAUUGAUACAGUGGCAUAACAGAAGAAAUAGCAAAAGAACACAUGACAAAUGCAGUUGGAACAUAAUUCUUUCUCAAAUCUUAAAGUGAAGGAACAAAUUACAGUGGAAUCUUCAAGUUUCUUUCCAUUUCCUACACAUUAUUUUUAAAGUUAAACAAUAUAUUUUUUUUACAAAAAUUAUUUUUUGAAGUGUGUUUGCAAAAUUUUUAUAAAAAAGCAAAGUAAAAACCACAAAAAAAUUGCAAAAAAUUAUAUGAGACCAAAAAAAUCGAUUGUGUUUAAAAAUAAAUCAAAUAGCAUAAAAUGAGGCAGGCGAAAGCGCGGGGUAAAAGCGGCGGCUAAAUAGAAGAGAUGUAGAAUUCCAAGCAAAAUAAAGAAUCUAUGUAGUGUUAGUAGUUGAAGCGUUUAAGCGGGUAGCGUAGAAUUUUCAUGGAUGCCAUGAGCGAAAUGCCAAUUACAACAAACAUAAUAUUGUAUACGGUCUUACUGCUACUAACUACGCUUUGUUUGUAUGCUUUCGUUGCGCACAUUUUUGCUUUACUCACUAGCUAAACGUUGCUUUCUAUUCGACAACAAAUCGAUGCGCUAUUUUGAAAACUGAAAUUUUUGAGAAAAGAAUACAUUUUAAAUAACAACAACAAACAUACGUAUGAAAUAGUCAAUGGUUUUCAAUGGUAUCUCAAUGUGUACAUUCCAAAUCAAUCAUAAUUAAUAAUAAAAUGUGGAAGCAGGAUCGAUAUGAACAAUGAAAACAAAAAAAAAAAAAAACAAAAAAUUAAAUGAAGAAAAUAAGAAAACAAAACAAAAUGAGAAAAAACUUGAGAAAUUACUAUGAAAAAAUAACUAAAUAGCGUAACAAAAAUGCAGUGCUCAUGUUGAAGAGUAGAAGAGUGCAAAACACAAGCAUUGCAACAAAAAAAAAUACAAAAUAAAUAAAAUGAAUAAAAUGAAUAACAAAGCAACUGUUGCAACCGAAAAUGUAUGAAAAAAAAUACAAAAAAAUAAUAAAAAAAAGUUUUUAAAAAUUCUUCAUUCAUUUAUGAGCAUGUCUAAUGCCGUUAGUACAAUUAGUAUGUAUGUAUCUCACAAUGGCUAUCAGUAUAUACCUUCCAGCUAAAAAAAAAACAAACACUAACAACUACAAAAAAAUAUUUCAACACAAAUAGCUGUAAAUUUUUGAAUUUUUUUUAUGACAAAAACCCGCUCUAAAGUGUGUUUAAAACGAAAAAAAUGCAUGUCUUUGCGUAAAAAAAUAUAUUUUAAAUAAGUAACUGUAUUUUCAAACAAUUUAUGUGAAACUUUUACUCUUAGUAUUAGAAUUAGUGUUGCAAGUGUGGUAUUGAAAAACAUUUUACUAAAAAUGUUAAGCCCAUUAAGGUAUGCUAACAGAAUUUAUGGUGAACUAAACAUAUCUGCAUGUAUUCAAAAUUAGUAAAACAAAAAGUAGUUUUAGCAACAAUAAAAUUAAUAAAACUAACAACAACCCUAGCAAGCCCUGCAGCUAUUUAAAAAACCGGUUUUCGAAUUGGAAGAAAAAAUAUUAAAAUAAUUUUUGAAACAUAUUUCUUAUUAACAAACACACACAAACAUAUCAUAUUUAGUAGAGAAAAUAUUUUUCAACAGCGAUUAGUGCGCGUAUCUAUGAGAACUCAGCAGUAAAGAAUUCUAGUAAAUAAAAAAAACAAUAUUUAUAAAAAAAUAUUGCUAUAUGUAUGUAUGCAUAUUUGAAAACUUGUGUCCCACACAAAUACGCAGAAAAUUGCAAUUAACAAACUAAAAGAAACACUACAAUUAAACUUAAAAAAAGCAACCCUGAUUUGACAAGUGAAAAAAAUCACAAAAACCACAAAUUUCAAAACAUAUGUAUGUACUUUACACGCUUAAAAUACUUGAAAGAAAUGCAAAAGCAAACGUAACUGUUGCGAAAAAGAACCAGCAAAAGGCGAAAAAGUUGACACUUGUGUGACAGUUUGGCACAGCUUUGAGCUUUUACCUACAUACUAUAUAGUAUGUAUUACCAUUAUAAAAUUUAAGAUGUGUAAAGAAUUAUUAAGCAAAAUAAGCCAGUUUUUCAGCGCUAAUUUUUAUUCUUAGUAAGUAAUGGCUGUUCUUUAUUGAUUUUUUGGCUUUAUUUCAUUGUUGCGGUUAUUUAUUUUAUAAAAAAAAUAUAUAUAUUUAAUACUUCUCAGAAACAUAAAAAAUAUAUUGGCCUAUCGCUGAAGGAGUGCUUGCUGCCGUUAACAAAUAUCUGACCCAAAACUAAACCCCAAUUGAUUUCUAUGGCAAUUCGACAGUUUGAAGACUUAAGAAAUUAAACAAAGAAAAAUUUUACAAAAUUUAGAUUUUUCUUUUAAUAAUAAGUUAAAAAUAUUUCGAAAAAAUAUUUCACCUCAAUAAUUAAUACUACUUUUUAUUUAACUUAAAAUUUAUUAGUUAUAAAUUUUAACUAAUUUAAUUAAAGCAAUUUUAAGAAUUUUUUCCCAAACUAUGUUUGGAUAUUUACUUUUAUGAAAAAUAUAUUUAUAUAUUUAUUUAUUUCAAACAUAUAUUUUAGCAUAACCUAAGGUUUUUAUUUAGUUCUAAGACAUAAUUAAAAUUUCGCAUUUAUUAUAAAUAUUAUUAUUAUUUCCCUUUGUAUUUACUUAGAAGAAGGACAAAAUUAUUUUAUAAUAGUAAAAUUUUCGUAGCGUAUUUUGAUUUGUGGUUUUCUAAUACGAGAUUCAAAGAUUCAAUAAUCUUUCGCAGAAUUUUUGUGAAACUUCCAGUGAUGCUGUUUUAUAGAAAUUUGUGUUGAAGAUAGGGCGGUUUGCAUAAUCAGUCUAGUCCAUAAAAACGCAAGAUCUUUAAUCUUUUAAUGUAAUCCUUUAAGAAAUAUGAUCACUUAUCUACAGAGAGUAAAUUAUUGUUCGUUAUGUCCUUGAAUAAAUUCAUUAUUUUAUUUCAGUGACACAAAAUUAAGCCAAUUAAUAAUAUCAAAUAAUAUUUCACAUAUUUCAUUGCUUUCAUUACAAAUAAGUUUAUUGCAUUUUUUUAGUUGUAUCUCAUUUAUCGUCAAGAACAAAACAUUUAAAGUCCGAUCUCUACUGUUACAAGUUGUAAACUUUUACAAUAAAUUCCCACAAAGAUUUCCCAAGUUCUGCUCGGCGGUUGAUGACAGGAGACAUAAAAGGGAGUAUCGAAAUCUUAUUGUCAAAUGUUGCUGAACUUUUUGGUGUUAUUUUUUGUUCUGAACGAGCUUUUGACUUCUAACAGUUUUAUAGUUUUAAACUAAAAAAGUUCAAGAACAUAGAAGCCUCUUUGACAGCUCAUUUACUGUAAGUAACUUAACGUAGACUACAAUUCAGCUGUUAAAAUUAAUAGAUUUCAACACAGUGUAGGAUAGCCAAUAAUUUGAGGUUUUAGAAGUUUUCAUUUUCAUUUAAAUUUUUGUUUUUAAUACUGUAUUUUUUAAAUUUAAAUAUUGUAAUAAGAGAUCAAAUUUGAAUUAGUUUAUUUUAUCUAUAAAAAUAUAUUAUUUCAAUUUAAGUUAUAUUAUUAUUAUAUAUGCAAAAUGAUUUUAUUUAUUGAGAGAUUAAAUUGUUGUAUCGUUUCAAAAACAAACUGUCGAUUUCAUAAAAAUCUUUCUAGCGGUAUCGAUCACUCCGAAGUAGUGAAAGUCAAGUCAGAUUUUAAGAGUAAACUUAAAUUUCAUGUAUGUACGAGAAAACAAUGCUAAAACUAAUUAAACUUUGAAAGAAAAUGUUUAACUAUACUUACCAACAAAACAUGACAGCAGACACGAACAUAUAUAACUUAUAGUGUUAGAGAAUUUACAACUAAGAAAUAUUAGAAACCAAAGUAAAUACGAAUAAAAUUGCUUACAAAAUUGCAUUGUCAACGACAAAAAAUUUGAAAUUGUUACACAGCUACAGUAAAAAGGCUAUAAUUCGAACUGGACAUGCAACUAAAAUAGAACAUUUAAAGUAGUUGAGAAGCAUAGGUGAGGUAACGAGUUCAAAAAAAUUACACAGAAAGCUGAAAACUGUAUAUUUUUAUAAAAAAAUAUUAUUAAUUCAAUUGAAAAGGAAACACUGACAGUUUAAGAUUCAAGUGAAUACGAAAAAGUUGCUUUAGGAACACUAAAAAUCACAAAGAGCAAGCUGGAAAAAGCGCAUAAUUUUAACCCAACGUUUUUAGGAAACAUAUGAAAUAUUUAACUCAAAGUAAAGCUAAAUACAUAUCACCACAAAUCACAAAGAACUCACCGCGAACUACAUACCAUGUAACCACUCAAGAGACAACUUUGAAUAAAUGGAGUUAUAAGUACCUUAAAUUAGAGAGUAGUGAGAAAACAAAAAUUACCAACAAACAAAAGAAAUAAAAAUUGCGAAAGUUACCCAAGAAAUUGUUGAAUAAUGAAACUACUACUUUACUAUUAAAAUAUCUUUAUAAAUAUGGAAUAUAUAUAUAUACAUUAAAUAAUGACUACACAGUGAAAACUAAUGUUGUACUAAAUGCUAUUUAGAAGCUCUAGAAAGCAGCGUAGACGCAGUUAUAACACUAAUGCAAUGUUAGACAUUUACGAAAUACGUGUAUGCUUAGUAAUCUAGAAAGUACACAGAGAAAAAAAUAUUUUCGAAAUAAAAAAAUCUAUGAUCUAUGGCUACCAUAGUAGUGUAUGUGUAUAAAAUGUGUAUAUAAAAUAAAGAAAGAAAAUUUAUAAAAAAAAUAUAUAUGUAUGUUUAACAAGUGGAAUUUAUUAUAAGCAAAUGGUGUUAUAUAGAAAGCGGAAGUGAAAAUGAUGGCAGCUCAAAAAACGAAAUGAAAAUGAGACAAACUACUUAUUCCUAUGCAAAAACAAAAUCAAAUAAUAAUUAUUUGUUAUUACAAGCACGCAAGAUGUUGUAGAGAUAUGAAAAACUAUAAAAAAUUACGAGUGCACUACAAAACAUAUAUGUAUUAACUUAAAAUUGUAAGUGUAAAUGAAAAAAAAAUUUAAUUAAAACAAAAUAUUAUUUAAAAUAAUAAAAAUAUCAAAUAAAAAAUAUUUUUUAAGCAAGAAAAAAAUAAUUUAAAUUUGAAGUAGAAAAUUUUCUUAUUAAACUUCGAUUUUUUUAAUGGUAACUGUAAAUUUAUAUAAAUUAUUUUCAAAUUAAAUAUUUAAAGCAUUUUUUAAUUGUUAACUGUCAAAAAAUCAUGAAAAGCAAAAAAAAAAAAAAGAAAAUUUCCGAAAAUUUUUAUAGCUUAAAAAAUGUAUUUUUUAAUAAAAAAUUAUUAAUACUUUGCAAACAUUUUCUAACAAAAUAUUUUUUAAACUAACUUUAAUCGAAAAUGAAAUGUUGCAAGCAAGUCACACUGGAAGAAUACAUAAAAAUAACUGUAUCCUAUAUAUGAAUGUUGACUAUUGAACUACAUGUUAGCUAAUAAAAUAAUGCACUUUACUUGCUCCACAAAACAAAGUAGUUGAAGCUAAAAAAAUUUGAAAAUAGUUGUAUUAGAAAAAUCAUAACAGAAAUAUUGUUAAAAGUGUAGUGACAAACUCAAAACGUAGAACCAAAAUGCACACAUAAAGCAUCCCUGUGUGUUUUUUUUCAAACUUUUUCAGCUAAACAUUUCAAAGCGUUAAAAAUAAAUAAAAAUUUUCAACUAAAUAUAUUUAAGUAAACAAGCAAGUUUCGAACUUUUAUUGUGAAAUGUAACAUAUUAAGCGUGUAAAUGAAAACUUAAAAGAAAAACUUAAAAAAAUAUUUUAUAUAUACAAAUUUAAUCGCUAUACAUAUCAAGCCAACACAACGCAAUUGUUGAGUUAGAGAUGUUUUUCUUAUAAAUAACUAUAACAUUAGUAGAUGACAAAAAUAUCUGUGAAAAUCAGCAAACAUAUCAGUUUACUUGACACAAAUUAUUAUAACAAAUUAUAUAAUUAUAAAUAAAUAUACAUAAUUAACGUAUUACCAACGAUUAAUGGAUAUAUAGUGAUAAAAGCAAAUACAAUAGAAAAUUCAUAACAACAACAAAAUAUGUAGUAAUAAAUACUAGUUGAAAACCGCUAAUAUUUUUUUCAGUGUAUAAAUGUUACUGCGCUGUGUAGCGUUAGUUUUGCGUAGUGCAAGCAAAUCAGUAAUGCAUGACGACGAGAGAUUGCGUGGUUAAUAAUUUGAAAUAAUUAAAUAAAAAUAUAUAUUAGUUUUUAUUAGAAAAAAAAAUUAACUAAAUAAAAUCAUUUUUUUUAUAUUGAAAUUAUGAAAAAGGUUUUAAAUAAAAUAAAAUAAUUAUUUUAUAUUGUUUUAUACAAAAAUAAAAAUUGUCAUAAAAAUGCUUAAAUCAAAAUAUUAUUUUGUACAUUUUUUCUGUAAUUUUUUUUAAUAAUAUUAAUGUUUUCUUCAUGUGCUAGUUUUAUUUUUUUUCUCUGCCUUUUUCUUCCUGAUUUUAAGUCCACACUAUAAAAUUGAAAAAUAGUUGUAUUGACAUUAUAAUGUUCCCAUUUCUUUCAGGCAUAACUUUAUUGAUUUCACUAAAAGCAGUGGUCAAAUUCUAAUAUAUUAAAAAUUUUAUUAAUUUUUUUUAAUUCAAAUUAGUUUUAUUAGACAAUUUCUAUAUAAAUAUUUGUUUCGAUUUCAUUAGGUUUCGUGUUUUUUAAACUUCAAAAAUUUUGUUAUUAAUUAAUCGUAAAAUGAGGUUCAAAAGUUUUUUUUUUCACACAGUAUUAUGUUUUCUUUUUCAAUAUCAUGUAUGUUUCCAAUAAUAUUAAUAAACUAUAAUUUGAGUAAAAUAAUUUUGUAAUAAAAUGUAUAAAAAUUUAUAUGUCUUAAUCCAAUUCCAAUCGUUCCAUUUUUUUUUUUUUAAUUAUAUUAUUGAAGUAUUUAUUUAAUCUUGAUUUAGUGAAAAAAAUUUAAUUAAUAAUUCAAUAUUUUUUUCCAAAACAACUUUACUUUUCACAUAAUUUUUGUGACUUAUCUCAAGUUUGCUGCAAAACAUCUGACCCAAUCCAUUUUCUGGAAGAUUUAUAACGAAAUUGAACAACAUCCCAUAAUUUAUUGUAGAUUCUCCAAAAAAUCGCAGCAAAUUUGAGCUGACUGCACAAAAAAAUUAGCUUCAGAAGAGACAAAUGUAAGAACAGCGCUGAUUUGUUGCAAUUCACAAAAAUGGCGCUACAAUAGAUGUUAACUAUACCGAAAAUGUUGAACCUGAAUAGUUAAAGCAAAAGAACACACUUUACAGUACGCACCAAAACUAUAGCAACCAUACAACAAAACAAAAAAACUAAAAACUAGUACAGUUAUGAAGAAGCUUCAAGUAAAAAGACAUAAAAAUAUUGACAGAGAUCAAGCUAUGAUAUUGUUUAUGAGAUAUUAUUGUAUUAUUAUACUAAAUAUGUAUUAUUACCGUUAAAACGCAGUAUACAACAACAACAACAACAAAUUAAAUGUAUGAACAAUAUUAAUUAAAUAAAUUUUUAACAUUCCAAUGGAUCAUAUUUUCGAUGUGCUGUUUACGGUUUUAAAAAAACAACAACAA